GGCGAACUUCACCUCCAGAUCUAGCAGGAAAUCGACAGACGCCGAAGUCUCCUGGACAUUCACCAGUGCCACAAGCGCCGGAGGAGUCGCUUCCCAACAGGAUGCCUCUCGACAAGAUCGACGAAGGGGAGUUCACGCAGUCUCUGGCGCCCAUGGUGCAGACAAUGAGCACUGGGCUUUUUCAGGGUACUGCCAAAGGUCUGACAAAGGCCUGCGCCAACAUGGCCGGGACUUUCCUUCACGAGAGCACCGGCGUGGGCAUACAGAAGAUUUCCAGCAUCGAUGACGUUUUCGUCCUGAAGCAUCAAGUCCAGCCUCCUUCGAACGAGCACGUGAAGGUGCUGUAUGCAAGAAGAGUUGACAACAACGAUCCCGUGGUUGUCAAAGUUCUGCAGAAGACGUUCUUUGCCCUCAGUGGUGAGGAGACACUCUGGAGGCAAAAUGCAGAAGUUAUGCUGCGGCUAAAGAGGAGUAGAUUCCUCUGCAACAUUCUGCAAGUCUACGAGGACAAGCUCGCCUAUUAUGUGAGCAUGGAACGAGUGACCGGCCAGGAUCUCUAUGAGGUGCUGACAGGAAAAGAGAUGCUGUCUGAGGACGAUAUUAAGGAAGUGCUUCGUCAGCUUCUUUCUGGACUUCGUGAUUUGCACAAGACUUGCAUACACAGGGACAUCAAGCUGGAAAACGUGAUGCUGUCACGCGUGAGAAGAGGUGACAUCCUUAUCAAAAUCAUAGACUUCGACACGAUCCAGACGCCAGAUGGAGGCAGUGGUAUACCGCCGGGCCGCAAGGUGACCAUCGUGGGCACGGACCAGUACAUUGCACCGGAGGCUUAUGAGGGCACCUACUCACAGGCCUCCGACGUCUUCGCGGUUGGGGUCAUCGCGUACAUCCUGUGCAGCAGGAAAUUCCCGUUCCAGCACAAGGUCUUCGAUGACAAGCCCGGCGAGAAUUAUGUCGGUUCUCCGAAGAUGCACGAGAUCGCAGACAAGCUGCGGCAGGCAGACCUGAACUGGGAGAAGGAUUUCAAGGAGAACGGCUUGGCCGCUGAUUUUUGCAAACAGCUGAUGAGCCUGGAUCCUGACGAUCGACCUUCUGCCGAUGAAGCGCUUGAACAUCCUUGGCUUGAUCAGGGUAAUGCUGUAGGCAAAGCUCUCUCUAUGUUCUAG